AAGCCCCCCCUUGUUCCAUCUUCCCUUCUUUCUAACCUGCCUCUCUGGCUCCUUACUCCUCUCCUUACUUUUGAUGACUAAUUUAAGUAGCUUUUUGCAUUUUCUCUUAACCUCAGAAAUUGAGGACAACUCAAACCUUCCUUCCCUGUUUUGUUAAAGCUAGUUUGAUUUCCAAAGUGAGAGGCUGAAAUGACCACCAAGGAAAGGUCCAGGAAGUUUAGGGAGAGGCUGAAUGCAGAUUCUGAGAGGAAAGAGAACUUGCUGAGAGAGAGACGCAGAAAGUAAAUUUGACAAGUUACCACAAGUUAUUUUAGCCUAAGAAUUAAAACAUUUCAUGACAUUAUUAAUGCACCAUCAUAUCACAAUAUUCAUGGUUGGUUUCAUAAUUUUUCCCACAGAUAUCAGCAGAAGAAAGCAUGCGGGAAAAUUGUUCAGCUAAUCGCCAGCAACACAGAAGAAGCUACGAGAGAAAUGGAGAGAGUCAAAGCAGAGAUGUAGGGCAAGGGAAAAAGCCACUAAUGCUGUCCUUGAUCUUACGCCACAAUCACCUCAGGAUCAUGACCAGCCAUUUGAAGAGAUCAAUGACCCCCCAGUGGCAAGGCCAGUUAUCAAUGGAGCCUCAGUGGCAAGGCCGGUUCUGCAUGAAGUGAUCAAUGCCGUUUCAGUACCAGUACACGUUUUGUGUAGCACACCAGAGAAGUCCCCCCGAAACCAAAAUCCACCAAAAAAAAGAAGAAAAACUAAAAUGACCAAAGAACUACGGAAACUACAAAAACAAAAUGAGAAAAAAAAGAAGAAGAGUAAAUACAUUUAGACGAAAUAAUCAACGCCUCGUGCAAAGACGGAAUAUGGAUAAACGUGCUGACAAAAAAACACAAACAAAGCGAGGAAACACUGGCCAAGAAAAGAAACAAGUGGAGUCCUUCUUAUUAAGGGAUGAGAACAGCAGGCUUCUUCCAGGGAAGAAAGACAUCAUUGGAAGGGAAAAAAAAAUGCAGAGGAGAGUACUUGCAAAAUCGUUGGUUGACUUGCACAAGGAAUACCUCCAGACUGCUGGACCACACCUUCGACUGUCUUACAGACAGUUUGUACGCUACAGGCCAUUUUAUGUAACAGAAGCCAAAUCAAAUGACCGCAAUACAUGCGCCUGCUACCAACAUGAAAACCUGCGUCUACUGAUUGAUACAUUGUCACAGCGUGGUAUCUUACCAUCAAAAAGCCUAUCGGAUCUUCUUUCCAGCAUAACCUGUAAUACCGAGAACUUAAAAUGCAUGGAACGCACAUGCACUGAGUGCUGCUUUGAUGAAUGCCAGCUUGCCACACACAACCUAGAUGAUCGGGCCAGAUGGGAACACUGGGCGAAGGAAGAUGUGGUGGUCGGAGAUAAAACAUAUAAAAACUGGGUGAAGAAGACCGAGAAUGGUACAGUGAAAGGACUGGUUGAAGAGUUCCAGAAACAGUUGGAAGGUAUUGCCAUCCACCAGUUCAAAUGGCUUCAUCAGGCCAAGAAGUUCAGGCAUCUGAAGGAACACCUGAAAGAGAACCAAAUGGUCCUGCACGUGGACUUUUCUGAAAAUUAUGCCUGUAAAUUAAAUACAGAAAUUCAGUCAUUUCAUUUUGGAGGGAACAGGCGGCAGGCUUCUAUUCACACUGUUGUGGCGUGCACAGGGUCACAGUCCUACGCCACCAUCUCAGAUUCAGUCAGCCACAGUGAGCGUGCUGUGUGGGCCCAUCUAAAACCAGUGGCCCAGGACAUUAUGGAAAAGUCUGGCCACAAGAUUGACACUAUGCAUGUACUGAGUGAUGGUCCAGUAACUCAGUACAGGAACAAGGCCAACUGUUACUUGUUAAGCAGUGUGCCAUACACAUGGGGGCUGAAUAGGGUUACGUGGAACUACUCGGAGAGAGCCCACGGAAAAGGCGCACCGGAUGGGGUUGGGGGUGCAGUCAAGCGAAUGGCCGACAACCAUGUCCAUGGAGGGCAGGACAUACAAAGCCCAAAGGACCUUUAUGAUUUCCUGAUCCAAAAAGAGGUCCCCAACAUCCAAUUCAAAUGGAUCAAUGAAGCAGACAUACAAGUGUUUGAUGAGAUGUUGCCACCGUCUGUUCCAAAAGUCCCAGGCAUACUUACCACGCACCAGAUCCUGUCAUUCUCACCAGGAGAGAUUUUCUACAGGACUCUCAGCUGUUUCUGCCGCUAUCCAGAAAUGUGCAGCUGCUUCUCCCCUAAAAAGAUGAGGCCAGACAAUCGAGCAGAGGAAAGCGGCUCCUCUGAGUCUUUUGAAGCCCAGCCCAAGAGUCCUGAAAGUCACAAUAGUGGAAAGGAAAUGGAGGAAGAGGAAGAGUACACUGUGGGGAAAUUUGUCAUAGUGAAGUACGAGAAUAAGCCAUUUGUGGGCCAAAUCACCCAAAUAAAUGAGGAGCACUUUGCAGUGAAUUGCAUGGAGCAAGUAAGCAACAAAAACAUAUUCAAGUGGCCUGCUAAACAAGACUGUAUUUUGUACAGCAAGGACCAACUUGUUUCUGUCAUCUCUGAGCCAGAGCCCUACCAGCGGGCCGCACAACUCACCAAGUACGACUGGUUGCUUUUCAAUGAGGUGUGAAAAGAACCACAGGAUGUUUCACUUAGGGCUGGGAAAUAAAAAAAUAACUUAGAUAGACAGUUGAUCAAUAUGAAACAUGUUCAAUAUAUUGAUAAGAGACGGGACCAUCACUCCUAACAAAGGGUUCGUACUUAUUUACAGUAUUUGUGUGUUUUUCAUUGUUGUGUUGACAUUGGAGUUUUCUUUUGUAUUAUGAUCAAGUUAUGUUCAAGUUAUAUCGUGAUUAUGAUCAAGUUAUGUGUGAUUAAGUAUGAUUACGUUUGUUCAAUGAAUUUUGUAUAUGAAUUCAAAUGUUCAAUGUUGUUCAAUGUUAUUUUGUAGAAUCUACAAUGUUGAUGAAUUCAAUUAAAAAUAUAUAUUUUACCUGUGUUUUGACUGAAUUUAAAAUAAUAAAUUU